AUGUCUCCAAACGGAACAGUCACCUCUAUCCCGCCCUCUAUCCCGUCCGUUGUAUCCGCCAGCGCAGUCUACAUGGACCUUGUCCUUGUCCUCGUCCUUGGAACAUUGCGUCGUGAUAGGGUCGUCGGCCAAGUCGACUUCUCCUCGACGUUUUUCGUGGUCGUUAUAUCUGUGUUCCGCCAACAGCACGCACAAGCUGAUGGUUCUCUUGUACGGGAUCACGCUCAAGCAAUCCAGUAUGUUGGCUUUAAUGGUGACCAGAUACAAAGUGCUGCUGGAUACGUUCGUGGCUCAUAUUUGAGUGCACGAUACGAGAGGAGAUGGGAAGAUACGGAUUUUACUGUUCUUCAGUUUUUGAAGGGUCAGAAGUCUCUAAAUUCAUUAGAGCUAGAGCAGGAUGAAUGCCCACUGAUGCGAGAAGAAGCAUUAGAGGUUGGGGUGCGUGCUAGGCCUUUGGAGGAUGCAAUCAUUGGGUGCUCAGAAAGCAAGAGCAAGAGGUAUUUUAAUAAAACAAUCCAAGAUUUACAAUUAGACGAUCUUCUUGAUUUACCUGUGUCGAAUUUAAGCAGCGGUCAGUCAAGGCGGGAGCGGAUUGCAAAGGCAGUACUUAUGAAACCAGAAGUACUUUUUCUGGAUGAUCCUUUCAGUGGGUUAAGCCUACCCCCUUCCCACCCAAUCAACCCCCAAGAUUGA